GAGACAAGAGGCUGCAUCCGGUGGUCCGUGUCACCGGAACAGCAGAACGCUGGUACUGUCUUCUGAAGCGGAGGGUCAGGCAGCGAUUGCGGCGGGCUGAAGGGUCGUGGCCAGUCAGAUUCUCGGCCCGCAGGGUCGGAUCGGUCGCCUCCGCAGUUAUCUAGAGACUGUCGCUUGCAGAGAGCGAGUAUCCUGUGCGGCUAGUUGGAGUAAAAUUUUGUGACAUUUCCCCUUAACCGCGGCAACGUCACCCACACAGCUGACCUAAGACUGCUGGAGUUAGUCUCAUCUUUAAAACCUUAGCUAAUUAUCAUCAGAGGGCUUGAUGGCCUUCAGUGAUGGGAAUGUGGUAGCUAGCCUUCUUCGCCUGGGAGACACCCCACAGAGACACCCUAGGAACUUUGCCAUUUUACCCCAUAAACUUCGUUGCUAAAACCAAGACUAUGAAGUAUUGAUGUUAAUCCGGCAUCUCCGCGUCCCUUGUUUCUAGAUAUGGAUCAGAAACUUUCACAGUUGAUAGAGGAGCUCACAACUUCAGGAGAAUCCCAACUGAAUGCUCAGAAAAUGAAGGAACUGAAGAAAAUUUGCAAGUCUUCAGAGGAGCAGCUGAGCCAUUCCUACCGCCUGCUGAUGACACAGCUGACCCAGGACCAUGCUGAGAUCCGCCUCUCAGCCUUCCAGAUCGUGGAUGAGCUCUUCACCCGGUCCCAUCAGUUCAGAGUGCUGCUUGUUUCUGACUUCCAGGAAUUCCUGGAGCUCACACUGGGCACAGACAGUGACCAUCCCUUACCACCCCCUCGGGAGGCAGCUCAGAGGCUAAGGCAGGCAGCCAUGCAAGCUGUGGAAGGUUGGAAUGAGAAGUUUGGGGAGGCCUAUAAGAAGCUAGCCUUGGGCUACCACUUCCUAAAACACACCAAAAAGGUGGAUUUUCGGGAUAUAAAUGUUAGGACUCUGGCAGAAAGGAAGCGAGAAGAGGAGAAGCAGAAGCACUUGGAUAAGAUCCACAGAGAAAGUGCUGACCGGGCUAAGAGGGAGAUGGAAGAAAUGUCUGAUGAAAUUGGAUGCUGCCUGACAGAAGUGGAGAACUGCUUUAGGCUGCUGGUGCCCUUGGAUUUGGGCCCGUACCGAGAGGAUAAGUUCUUUGGUGAGGCAUCUGGCAUAGCAGAGGACCAUGCUCCUUGCACCUGGAGCCCAGACCUGGCAACUCCCCGAGGGUCUGGUCUCUCUGGACCCCAGGAUGAAGAGCAGCCAUGCUGUAGCAAGGACCUGGUUGCCUCUGCACACCAUGCAGGAUCUGCAGUUGGUCUGAAGGCACCAGCCCCAGCAGCCACGGAAGACCCCUGCAGGGAUGAAGACGAACACAGCGACCACGGCGACCCAGAGGAUUUCCUGCGGAGCCAUGGGCUGGGCUCCCACAAGUACACGCUGGAUGUGGAACUCCCCUCAGACGGUCUGAAGGUACAGGAGAAUGAAGACAACCUGGCCGUGCUCCACGCUGCUCGAGAUGCGCUCAAACUCAUCCAGAAUAAGUUUUUGCCAGCGGUGUGCUCCUGGGUCCAGCGGUUUACCCGUGCAGGGAUCUACAGUGGACAUUUAAAGCAGGCCAUCGACCUGAAAAUGGAACUGGAACUUGCUCUGAAGAAAUACGAAGAACUGAACAUUGAGCCUGGGAGAGGACAGAGGAGCAGGACAGAAGCACUGGAGGACAGUGAGGAGGAGGACCAGGACUUCGUGGAGGUCCCAGAGAAGGAGGGUUACGAGCCUCGAAUCCCCGACCAUCUACGAGCUGAGUAUGGGCUGGAGCCAAAGGCCCCCCUGAAGACUCUGGAGAAACGUACAGCUGUAUGUAGCGUACAGGAGAGGACCAGGAGGAGAAGGGAAGAGGAGGCCUCAGACCCCACCUCUGCAGCUGCCCAGAUGUUGCGGCUCCAGGACUGCUUGUCAUCUCCCUCCUCCUCCCCUACCAGGGGACCUCUGGGGCCAGAGGAAGCCCAGAAGCAAGCGGAGCGAGCCCGAGCACCCAUGGUGCCCUUCGGAGUGGACCUGUGCUACUGGGGCCAGGAGCAGCUAACAGCUGGGAAGAUUCUUAAAUCCGACUCUCAACACCGCUUCUGGAAACCCCAUGAGGUAGAGGAAGAGGUGGACAGUGCCCAUGUUUCUGAGAUGCUCCAUAGCCGACACAUUACCUUUUCUGGGAAAUUCGAGCCUGUGCAGCACAAGUGCCGGGCCCUCAGGCCUAAUGGCAGGCUCUGCGAGCGCCAGGAUCGGCUGAAGUGCCCGUUCCAUGGGAAGGUCAUCCCCAGAGAUGACAAGGGGCAGCCUCUCAACCCAGAAGACAGAGCCCGUGAACAGAGGCAGCAGCUUCAGCAGCAACGGGCUCAUCCAGAUUGGCAGGACCCUGAGUUUAUGAAGGACGUGGAGGCAGCCACAGGGGUGGACCUCGGUUCAUCCAAGUAUAGCAAGAAGGGCAAAGGUAAAAAGAAGAAGCACCCCAACCUCACCGACCUUCGAGAACGUGCCAACACUGCCCGGGCCCGCCUUGAGAAGAAGGUCUUUGCCAAGGGAGCCGUGCAGAGAGUAGUUGCUGCCAUGAACCAGAUGGACCAGAAGAAGCACGAGAAGUUUGCAAACCAAUUUAAUUAUGCACUGAAGUAAAAGGGUGUGGGUGUGCCGAAUGCGCAUGGUCCCCUCUGGCCAUCAGCUCCUUCCUUCCCUUUCAGAGCUCACUGGGAUAGGAAGAAGGGCAGGCUUAAGUCUGAGUAGAAUUAGAGCUUUUUUAUCUGUGUGUAACAAGGGAAGGAUGCAUUAAAUACUCUGCAGGAGGCCAGGGGAGGCCAGGGUUUGAGUCCCAACUAUUUUAA